AUGGGCAGGAAAAGACCAAGAGGACCAGAAAACAACUCCAGGAAAGCCGAGGAGAGGAAGCAGCCAGGCAUUAAAGUCAAGGCAGAAGAGAAGCCAAAUGUGCCCAAGAUGAAGCGGAAGAGGAACCAACCUGAGCUUUGCCAAGAGACCUUCGCCAAGAGACCUCGGAGCUGUCUCUACAUGCAUAUGYUGGAGUCGGUGCAGGUUUUCCAUGCACUGGGGAAGAAGAAWGAYAAGAAAACUGGGCUCUCUUCCUCCCAGGCCCUGGGAAAUUCAGGCACUACCCAAGACCCCCAUCCAUGCCCAGCUAUGAAACCAUGGCUGGCGGUUAAGUGUCCUGAGAAAUCACAAAUCAAAGCCCAGAAUCCAGAUAUCAGUGCUGAUGGAGAGGGUCUCUCUCCUUCCAUUGAUGAGCCUCCACCACCUGGGAAGGUCAAAUUGGUACCUUUACCUUUUCUGACCCUGGAGAAACCUCCACCUCGACCAGUAAUCAAUAGGAGGCCACAGUCUCUGGCUUCACGGAGACCCACUGGGGCUUACCCUGCCCACCCUGGUCCUGCUAGCUCAGCUCAACCCAUGGCAGUCAACACAUCCCAACCAGCUACUGCCAACCCAUCUUGGAUUCGUCCUGCCAAGCCAGCUCACYCCGUUUUGACUCAUGCCAUUCAGUCACGU